AACCGAGUGCUAAAAUGUCUUAAGCUUCGAUUUUCUAAUAAAGAUAUCACAGUAUAAAUAAUCGCCACUCACAUCACCAAAAAACUGUGUUCACAACGUGCGCAUUGGCGCAGGUAAAUCAAUCGAAUUACGCACAGAAAACUAGACCAAUCCAUUUAUGGAAACAAUAAGAUUGUGUUUGGCUGACUUUCUAUUUGAUUUCUAUACAGUUUCUAGUUCUAAUUUUAAUAUUAGUCCGUGAGAAUUUGAUUACAUGAUCCAUUUUCAUGAAACCCAAUUUCAGAUGAUCGAAUUACAAACAAGUACGCGAUCCGAUUAAAAAAUAAAUCAAAAAGAGAAAUAGAGUGUUCCUUGAGCCUUUCAUCGAACUCCCCCAAUAACAACUCCGAAACUUCGAUCCGACAGUUUCAUAAGAGGAUAUUUAGGCGCAAAUAAAAGAAAAUGCUUAGAAGAGGAAGACUAUUGAACAUAUAAUAAUUCGGCAUUCACUAUCUACAAAAGAAGUCAGGAACAGAUCGAACACAGAAAAAUGAAGACACAGAGAUAGAGACAGAGGGAGAUGGAAGACCUGAACACAUCCUGCUAUAGAGCCUGAAUCUUCUAAUAAUGGCGGCAAGAACUGGAGCUAGGCGGAGCGCAGUUUUUUUUUUCUUUUUCACAAUAUAUAUUUUCUCUUGGUCUUCUUACGGGCGUUGACUAUUUUGACUUUAUGGGGUUAAAUCUUACGCACACCCCCAGUGUUGACUUCUACUUUUUCCUCUUUUUGGCUUUCGCUGAGCACCGACCAGCACAGUAUAGUCCGCCAUGGAAAACACUCUGAAGUCCCUUGCAAGACGAGCUCUAACAGCGCUCCAUAACCCGACUUCAAACCUGCGUUUCUAUUGCUCUCUAUCCUCAGAGUCGUCUCCUAGCCCUAACAACAAACUUUUCGUUGCAGGUCUGUCAUGGUCACUCGACGAGAAAUCCUUGAAAGACGCUUUCUCUUCCUUUGGUGAGGUGACUGAAGUAAGGAUCAUCUACAACAAAGAUACUGGUAGAUCAAGAGGUUUCGGUUUUGUUCAUUUCUCCGCAGAAGACGACGCUGUACGUGCAAAAGACGCCAUGGACGGAAGGGCACUGUUGGGUCGGCCAUUGAGGAUAAGCUAUGCACUUGAGAAAGUUCGUGGUUCUCCUGUUGUAGUUCCUCGUCUUACAAACGGUGAAAUUGCUUCUGGUGGUCGCAGUAGUUGAAGUUCUCCGAUGUUUCAGAGGUUUUUCUUUCGCGCUUUCAUCAGCAGGGGAGGCCAAAGUCCUGAUCUUAGAUGAAAGUGACGACCAAUGAAACUCAAGUUAUUCUUGCUCUUGUUUGCUUUAAUUAUUUUUAUUUUUUAUUUUUCACUUAAGGGUACGUUUGAAAUUUUUUGU